GGGCUUCUUCUGGUACCCCCGCACUUAUCACUCUUCUCCCCUGAGCCGUAACGGUCCUCUAGCAUAAUCAACUGCUCUAUUUACUCUGUGAUUCCUCAGAUUUCAAGAUCUAAUCACUGAUUCCCCCUCCCAUUAUUCUUCGCUUAGGAUUUUCGAUCCUCUGUCUCCCUUUCCUUUAUCAUACCAGAAAUCCUUGGCUUUAUAUCAUGAAGCGGGCAUGGAAAUCGUCCAACAGGGUUUCGUGGGCUCCUGGCGGGAAUCUCUGUCAGGUAAAAUUGUUCAUAUCUGAGGAUUGCCCGUCAAAAGUUGGCCAAAAAUCCCAAGAUCGUCUUCAAGCGAAGGUGUCAUCAAUUUUGCAUUCAAGUAUUAUUGAAUUUAAUGAUUUACCCCCCAGGUUUGAAUGCAAUCCGCUUCCAAACCAAUCAAAGUAUGAACACUCUUGCAUUCCUCAGAUUAAUUGGAGAUGUCCUCCUCCGUUUGUUUUCAGUUAUAAUUGGCAUGUUGUGGCUGGUGAAGAGAGUAGGGAGAAAGAAGAUCAAAAACUUAGAGAUCUCAGGGUGCUUGAAGCAGUUUAUCCUCGUCACUCAGCCAUUCCUCCAAGCCCUUCCGUUGCUUUGGAUGUAGAAGAGGAAGAUUACGAUGAUAACACCACUCCUCUGGUUCCUAUCAUUCCCAUUGAGGAAGAGGAGUCAAUGUAUGAUAAACCCGAAUUGGCAGCAGGUAGGGACGCUCCUACCACUGUGCAGUCACAAAACUUGCAUCAAUAUAUGUCAGCGAUCACGGCACCAAUUCAAUCUAAUACCUCCUCUUCUCUUGCCUUAACUGUCUGCGGAAAUCCCUCACCUGGGAUAUCUUCUGGUUCGGAAGUAGAUUUAGUUGCUGCCUCUGCUGUUGUGGGUGCCGUUAUGAAGAGUAGUGAGCAACGAAGCUUGAUUGAUAUGGAUCUACUCGUUAAAAUAUUUAAUGACCCAUUAAUGAUUGAGAAAUUAGUUAGUGAUCAUAGAACUGCUGCCACAACUGCAAGAACAUCCUCUAAUACCGUGGCAAUACCCCCUUCUGGAUUGAAGCUUGCCGCACCUUCACUUCCACCGUCGACGCUCACACUUGGUGAGCCAACUUACGGGGUUACACCUGCAAUCACUGUGGGUUUGUUAUCUUCACGGUUGAAGCCUGAAAUUCCACCAGUCUUAUCGUCAACAUCGAUGCCUGAUAAGCUGGCAAUUCCAUCAAUUCCCAUGUCAAUGCCCGGUAAACCUGCAAUUCCCUCUGUUCCAUUGCAGGCUCCAACACUUGAUAUGCGGAUGCCUGUGAACCAAAGUUGUCACCAUAUGUCAAAUGGAGUUCUGCAAACUUUAGAUACCCAGCCUCCUCAACAAGAUGAUUUACUGGUAACUGGGGCGAUGCAUGCAGCAUCGUUGGCUUCCAUGCCAACAAUUUCUCUUGGUGGGAACUUGCAACAUUCAGUGACAUGUCAGGUGCGAUCUACUGCCGGCACAAUGCUUCACCAAGCAAGUGCAGGUCCAGCAUUUGCUGCCAAAGAAGCUCAUUCUGUUAAGGAUGCCAACUAUUUAAAGAACCUGAUUAGGCAACAUGGUUCAGAUAAGCAAGACGUGCAGGACUCACAAAUAGGCAUCCGGCAUAGUAAUUUCCAAAAUAUUAAAUCGGUACAUAACAAUAAACCCGAAGAAGUUGAGUACAAAAUCCAGAAGACUUGCAUAUACUUUAACAGCUCAAGGGGGUGCCGAAAUGGUUCCAGCUGUCCCUAUCGGCAUGAUAUGUCAAUCCGGUGGGAAGCUGAUAACGCUCUAGGGGGUCAGAAUUCAAAAAGAUUGAAACUAGAACCUGAAAUUAAGGGAAGAAUUUAAAUCUCAAGUGGCAUAUUCCGACAGCAAAAACACAACUUCUCUCCUGUUUGACCCUGUACAUAGAAAAUUUGCAGAGGAAGUGUGAGAGCACAAAUAUUUAGAUUUCCCGAGGGCUUUCCCAGUUAAUUAGUUCUGGGAUUCGGUGGCUCGAUUCUGAGUUUGAUUUGGGCCUCCAAAUUAAGGUAAAUGCUCCUACGCUUCGGUUUACUGGCAUCGAGAAAUUAAGACUAUAAUUGAUCAACGAACUAAUUUUCAUUUGUGCAGCAGUGGAUAGAGAUUUACUCGAUCUUGGGCAUCAAGUGCAUAUUCGAUAAUGGUCCAUGCAUGGUGUUUGUAGGCGGAUGGUAGCCAGCCAUAACUUGUCAUACAUAAAAGAGGAAGCCCCAACUAAGAAGAAAAAAGAAAAAAAAAAGACGAACCUGAGAAAUUUAUUAAUUGCAGAGAAGAUUCUAACCUUCCGAAAAUAACUUUUAAGAAAAAAGAUUGGUGUAUUUGAUGAACUGUUAAUAUUUAAUGGGAAUAUGUUUAUAGAGGUUUUCUUAUUAAAGACCUGUAUGAUAAUAUCUGCGGCUGCUGGUUUUAAGAAGUGCAAAAUAAGGGUGGGCAG